AGAAAAACAAUAUAAGCAAAAAGGGGACAAGGCAGAGCCAGUACAUAUAUAUAUAUAGUUGACAAUUCCUAAUUGAAAACAAAUAACAGUUGUAAAUAUGAGUCACAUGGUUCGUGAUUUUUCAAUUUGGAACAUGUUGGUGUAUGGCAGUGCUCGUACCCCUAAUGGGAACGAUCCAGAACAAGAUUUAGAUAAUGGAGUAUCUAGCUCUCCCACUACCCCUUCCUCGCAGUCCACUGACACUGAGGACUAUGAGGAAGAGGAAGAGGAAGAGGACGAGAAGCAAAGACUCAUGAAGAAAUACCAAGAUGAAGAGACCAUUGAUUUUAAUGAUGAAAGUAAGGGCAGAGCUCAAACUGAAGAAGAAGUAGCAGCGGAAGCAGCCAAACAACAGGAAAGAAUCGCUAGGACUAAACGUAUGAGAAUUUCCUUAGUUAUUGCUUUCCUCUAUUUAUUAUUUGUUAUAACUCACCCAAAUGCGUUUGGGUUUAGUCGUUCAGCCAUGAGAGUUAGUAAGCCUGGAGUUGAAGUUCAACGUGCAUUUUUUGAUGAAGGAUAUGUUGGAACUGAAAGUUCAGAACCUCAUGAAAUUAUUUCUGUAACUCUUCCUUUAGUAGGAGAAAAAUCAUUUGGGGAACCUGUUUAUUCGACUCUUGCAAUUAAUCAUACAUUUGGUGCUUCUUGGGGUAAACCAGCAGUUGUUAACUUCACACCACCAGUUGAUACUGAUUAUAAUAAGGUUGUAUUAACCUUAAAUACAACUGUUGAUGGAGUACAAUAUGAUAGAUUAGCUCAUUUAUUUGUAGAUGGAAUUCAAAUUUGGAGAACUUCGACCAUUGAACCAGGUGGAAGAUCAGUAAUAUCAGUGGCCAAAAAGGAUGUUACUACAUAUUUGAAAUUAUUCCAAAAACCAAGUACUUUAGUUUUCCAAUUAGAUAACGUAUUAUCUUCAAGAUUAACUGGAAAGUUCCAUAUUGAAUUAACAGUAGACUUUUAUAAAGUUUCUGAAAAGAAACAUCAUAAUAUUGAAGCUAUUGAAGCUAAUGACUUGUUGGGAGCAGAAGAUAUCAAGGAAGAAUAUUCCUUAUUUUCAGUCGUUAGACCAGCUGAUACUAUCUAUCCAAUAACUUUAGGUAAAUCAAAUGAAGAUUCUCCAUUACAAUAUCUUCCAUCAGAUAAAAUCCAUGUUAAAUUACCUACAGUACCAGUUAAUACUACUAGAUUAAUUCUUACAGUCUUUACUUCUGGUAAUGCAGCUGAAGAAUUUUGGUAUACCAAUGUUUUAGAUACUUAUAAGGAUAAAUUUGCUAAUCAUGGUAGAUUAUUUAAUGGCCAUGGACCUGUUAGAAUUGUCAAUAUAUUAUUUAAUGGUGAAAAAAUAGCUGUUCAAACUGCUCAACCAGUUGUUUUUACAGGUGGGAUUUCUCCUGCUUUAUGGUCAUCUGUAGUGGGUGUUGACGCUUUUGAUGUUAAACCUAUUCAUGUUGAUGUUUCUGGUUUAUUACCUUACUUGUGGGAAUCUCAAGCCAUUAAAGAUAAGUUUUUGGAAAUUGAAAUCAGUAAUGGUUUAGGUGAAUUAGGUAAAGCUCCAUCUACUAUUGUAGGUGAAAAUUGGAUUACUACUGCCAAUUUAUUAGCUUUUGAAAAUGCUGAUGUUGUGGCUGCUUCAGGUGAAGUUUUAGAUAUUAGUCAUGACAAUAAAGGUAAUACUAUUGCUAUUGCUCCACCAUUUACUGGAGCAAUUCUGCAAAUUAUUAAUAAUAUCUUUACCAGUCAAAUCAUUAGUAAAUUUGCUCUUACUUUAAAAUCUGGAAGAGUUUUACAUACAACUAUUAGUUCAUAUACUAAGGGUGAAGUUUCUAAUGUUCAAUCUUAUGGUCAUUAUGGUGAAAAGCAAAGUGUUGUCCAUGUUGGUCAUUCUGUUAAAUAUUUACUUAUUCAAGAUGAUGAUUUACCAAUUGAAUCAAAAGAUAAAUCUCUUAAGAAGAAGAAUAUUCCUGCCAAUACUAUACAUGCUCUUAAUGCAUCAAUUAGUUAUCCAUUAGUACUUUCUGUUACUGAACAGAAUAAGACUUUAAUCCCCGGUCAAGAAUUUGAAAUUGAGUAUGAUGUAACUAUUGCUAAUGUCAAGGAUCUUGAAUUCAUUGUUAAUGGAGAAGAUCACAUUAAGAUUUCUAAUGCUCAAAAUGGUACUUCCAAAUAUUUCCUUUCGAGUAAGGGUAAUCAUGGAUAUGGUAAACUUGAAACUAGAUUGAAAGCUAAGGCAAAGACUCCAACUAAGAAAUUCAAAUAUUCCAGACUAGUUAAAGCUGAAAAUGGUACUAUUACUACGGACAGAGUUAAAUCUAAUUCGUCAGACAUUGCCCUCCAUAAAAAGGCUCAUAAAACAUCGGAUUUAAGUGUUAAAGUUAACAAGUACGAUAAAUUCUUUUCAAAGAUUAUGAAUAUCUCUGGUCCAAAUAAUAAAUUCUGUGCUCAAAGUAUUUCUAAAUUAGAAGAAGCUUUAACCAGUCUUAAGGAAGUCAUUACUUUUGAAUUGUUUAGUGAUAUUCGUAAUAUUGAAGCCAGAUUAAAAUAUAUGUCUGAAAAUGGUGAAGUCACUGAACCACAAGAACAAGAAGUUACAGAAUGUAAUGAAGAGAAGCAUAAGAAACACAAGCAAUUUUUUAAAUCAAAGCAUGGAGAUAAGAAAAAGCAUUAUCGUGGUAAUUUCAAGCAGGGUCAUCGUCAAAUGGAUGAGCUUGAAAGCCUGCUUAAAAAGUCCCAUGAUUCAAGACGCCGUGCUUAUCACUGGUUCUUAAAGUUCAACAAAUUCCUUGUCAAAUUUACUGCUGGAGUCUAGUUUAUUUUAUUUUAUUUUACUUUACUUUACUUUCUUUUAUUUUAGUUUUGCUUUAUUUCUUGUUAUGGGUCUGAUAACAGCCCUGUUUGAACUUAUUAUUAUGUGAUAUAUAUUGGGAAUAUACAAUCUAUCCAAAUC